AUGAAUACUUUACAUGUGGGCGAUACUGUGCAAAACUCCAUUCAGAGUGCUAUUGUCCGCUGGCUAGGUUCAAUUGAAGAUCAUGCAAUGAUUGGCUUGGAAUUAAUCGAUUCGACGUUACCUGGAUACACUGAUGGUACAUGUCCAUGUGAUAAUAAACGUUACUUUCACUGUCCACCUGGUCGUGGCUAUUACAUUUUACAAAAAAAUUUUACCGAUUCGUACAAAGUUAUUGACAAAUAUACUGAUAAAAAUGGCCAUGCUCAUCCAAUCAAUCAAUCAUCACCAACUUCUCCAAAUCGUACGUUUUUUCCAUCUCAACCAAUUCGAUCAGCGAUGUCACCGUCGGUUUCUCAAAUGCAGCCACCUAGUUCAGAUAACAGCCAUGCAAUAGCAUCACCACGCGGUGUGCUCAGUCGAUUAGCAUCUGAACGAGAACAUAGAAACAUUCAGCUCACUCCAUUGACUUCUGACAAUAGCAAUUCAUCACCUCGAGUAUAUCGUCCAGAAAAUUAUCAAUCUAAAGCUUAUGACGCAUCUGUGGAUUCAGGCACUACAAAUACAAACGAGGUGCCUUCGUUUGGCGACGAGUAUUUUCUCAACGAUUGGACACUUGGCCGUUUAAAGUCACUUCUCGAAACGAAGAUUCCAGGCGAUAAUCAACUAUGUUUAAAUGUCUGUAUUGAUCAAUGUGAAACUCAACAACUAAUUGACGAACAAAUCAACAAAUGCCCUUCACGUCGGCCACCAGUACCACCGUCUGCCAUUCGUAUUGAACUAAUCAAAAUAUACGACAAUGUCGAAAUCGUCUUUCCAUCACGUUCCAUUCGUCUAUAUAAUAACGAUUACUUACUAUUAGCUAUUUUAUGCUCAUACAGCGAAUGCGCUUACGUUCGUACAAAAUCUGGCUGGGCAUAUGUUGAUGAUGAAAGUGAUCAAGGAAAUUCUAUUAUUAUUGAUGAAAUCUCACAAAUGAUUGAUAAUAUCAAUCAUGAUAUUAUUUUCAGAUCCGAGCAAUGCCUUCAUCUGGCUGUCGUCUCGUACACAAGCACGAGUAUGAAUAACAAUAUUGCCGAAAGACGCUCAUCGUCUGUUAGCCCGAAUGUUAUUUCCACGAUGGUCAUACCUAAAUGUGAACCAAUCGAAAAUGAAUUUAAUCAAAAUAAUAAACGUCAACUAGGCGAAUAUCAUUUGAACGACAGCGAGCCUAUUCUCUCGACUAAACGGCAAAUGGCAACAAAAAAGUCUCCACAGACAGAUACUAAUUCGUCAAAAUUUCAUAACGGACGAAAUGAUAGUAUUGACGACCAACAGCAAAAACAAGCUGAUUCACCUUUACUAUCGAAUAGUCCGAAAAUCAGUGCAUCAAAAUUAUUUACAAAUGGUGGGAGUAUUGAAAUAUCAACAUCACCAUCGAACGUUCAAGUAAAACCAAGAUUUCUGGAUGCAAACUCGGAGAAUCCAACUGUUCGACCGCAAGUUUCCUCGUCACCCAUGGGUAUUCCACGUCCAGCAAAUCCAUCACGUUACACAGCUCCUGUUCACAUUGACGUCGGUGGCACAAUAUUUACAUCGUCAUUAGAAACAUUAACACGUUAUCCUGAUAGUCGCCUAUCAAAAUUAUUCAACGGAACAAUUCCUAUCGUUCUCGAUACUCUUAAACAGCAUUACUUUAUCGAUCGUGAUGGCAAACUUUUUCGUUAUAUAUUAAAUUUCAUGCGCUAUGGAACGCUAGCGUUACCUGAUCAUUUCACCGAAUUUCCAGCUCUACUCGAAGAAGCACGUUACUUUGAAUUAGCACCACUAAUCAAUGCCAUUGAAGAACGUUUAGCAAAUCGAAAAGUAUCCGCAACAAGUAACUAUUCACUCUCAAAACCUAUCAAACAAUCAACAGCAAAUACAAAUAAUGAUGUGUUAUCGUUGCAUAUAAGUCAAGAUCGUGUGUUAAUUAGUGGAAGUAUAACUCUCAUUCAUGACCUGUUUCCAGAGAUUCAGAAACAACAGCAACAGCAAACAACGACGUUGCAUGCGCACGUGGAGAGAAAUCAAUUCAUACGGUUUACAUUGAAUGCUUUCAUUAAUUUAACACAAUUAGAGAUCUUUCAACGAUUAUUGAACUUAAAAUUUCAAAUUGUCGCCUCGACAUGUGGAACGAGUAUUGACACGAUGACACAAUUUAGUGAAUAUAUUUUCUCUCGAAUUUCCUCAAUGUCGAAGAAACCUAUCGCGAACUCAUGUGAAAAUGGCACAGAGACUGAUGAUGAUGAUGAAAGAGAAGAAGAAGAAGAAAGAUAUAGUUAA